AUGGAUAAAAAUAAGGAAAAAGAGGAACAAAGCAUCAUGGAUAAAUCCAUGAGAUCAGUCUUUGUUGGUAACAUACCUUAUGAAGCAACUGAAGAGAAGCUGAAAGAUAUAUUCAGUGAAGUAGGUCCAGUACUGUCAUUCAAAUUGGUAUUUGAUAGAGAAACAGGAAAGCCUAAAGGGUAUGGUUUCUGUGAGUAUAAAGAUCAAGAAACAGCUCUUAGUGCUAUGAGAAAUUUGAAUGGAUAUGAGAUUGGAGGAAGAUCUCUAAGGGUUGAUAAUGCUUGUACGGAGAAAUCUAGGAUGGAAAUGCAGGCUUUGAUGCAAGGCCCACAGAUUGAGAAUCCGUAUGGUGAGUCAUGUGACCCAGAUAAAGCUCCAGAAGCUGUUAGCAAGGCUGUCGCAACUCUGCCUCCAGAACAGAUGUUUGAACUUAUGAAACAAAUGAAACUGUGCAUUCAAAACAAUCCAACUGAAGCAAGAAAUAUGUUACUCCAAAAUCCGCAGCUAGCAUAUGCCUUACUUCAGGCUCAGGUCAUCAUGAGGAUUGUCGACCCCGCUACAGCUGUAAGUAUGUUACAUCCAACUAAUCCUAUCCCACCGGUAUUGCAACCUGGGGACAAACCACCACAAAGCUACAACCCGCCACCACCAAUGCCAGUUAAAUCUCAACAACCACCGCUUCUAAGCAACCCGAUGCAACAGCAAAACCAAUAUGUCCCUCGCGCGCCUAUGGGCAUGCCACCAAUGAGCGGUAUGGAUGUAGACCUGCGUGGAGGUCGUAGCAUGUUGGACCAGGAUAUGCGAAGUUUGCCCCCGGUACACCCAGUACCCGUGCCGCCACCAGCACCUGUGCAACCACCUCAAGAUCAAAUGUUCCCGCGUGACCCGAGACUAGCGAACAUGCAGGGCUUCUCUGCUGACCCGCGUGUUAGACCCAACGAUCCAAGGACACAGACGAAAAUGCAAAAUUCGCAGAUGCCUCCCGGUAUGCCGAGUGCUGCUCAGGCUAGAACCAUUCAAGGCAUUCCGUCGGGGGCUUCAGAACAGGAAAAGGCUGCCUUGAUAAUGCAAGUAUUGCAGCUGUCAGACGAACAAAUUGCUUUGCUGCCGCCUGAACAGAGGUCCAGUAUUCUGAUGCUAAAGGAACAAAUCGCAAAGAGUACACAACGCUAG